AUGUCUGGUUACUUAAGAACAUUAAUUUGCUUUGAAACAUAAUCGAUGCAUACUCAAUUAUUAAUAGUAAAGUUCAAGGGUAUAAUUUCAUUUCUCAUUUUUAUUAGCGAUGCAUGAAUUGCAACCUUGGCUAGCAAUUUAUACUUAUCCAUAUAAAUUCUUAAACAGGGCUUAUGGUUUAUGCAAAAUGAAUUAUUCUACUCACAUUUAUAUCUAAGUUCUACUUUUCAAGGUAGAACUUAAACUUAUCCAAAAUACAUAUCUGAUUGAUGAAUACCUAUAUGAUGCUGACCACAAGCGGCUAAAACAUGUAUAUUCUCCUGUAUCUCACUAGGAUAGUAUUUAUCAUUUCUGA